AUGGAAAAUAAUGAAGUUUGUGGUGAUGAUGAAUGUAUUGAUGGCAAUGACAGCGAAGAUGAUGACGGUGUUAUAGAUUAUGAUAAUAUUGAAGAUGAUGAUGAUAACGAAGGUGAUGACAAAAAUGAUGAUAAAUUACCUGCUGAAAGACUAACUAUUUCAGUUAGUGAACUUUUAGAAACAAGCGAUGGCUAUCUUUUAGAAG